AUGCUUGCGCAAUCCAUCAGGGCUUCGCGCCAGACGGUCGCCCGCGUCGCCCGCCAGCAACCUGCCUUGAUCGCUCGCCGCACCUUCAUCGCCCCGACGGCCGUACGACAAGCCGAUCUUGUCCAGGAUCUGUAUCUCCGCGAGCUUAAGAGCUACAAGGCUCCUCAAGUCAAGGCAUCCGACGCCGAAGGCCACGUCCAGAAGUUCACCCUCCCCAAGGCCCCACCCUCUCCCGAAGAGAGCGACCUCGCAAGCGACUUGAAGGCGUACGAGACGCAGCAGGUGGAGCUCGAGGGCUCGACUUCGUCGGAAUCUGGUGCGGCACCCGUUGAGGAGGACUGGUUCGAGGAGGAGGCAGAGGAGGCGCCUGCUGCUCAUUAG